AUGGCCGAACAAUGUACUAAGAUUGUUGGUAAAGCAGCUAAUGAGCAUGAAACAGCUCCAAGAGUUAGUACCACUGUAGAUACUCCUUUAGUUAGACCAAAAGGUUAUUCUUGUUCCACUGCUUACGAGUUUUUGUUAGAGGCUUUUGAACGUGGUGGUAAAAGAACUGCAAUGGGUUGGAGAGAUAUAAUUGAAAUUCAUGAGGAUAGGAAAAAGAUCUCUAAAAAAAUUGAUGGUAAAGUACAGGAAAUUGAAAAAACUUGGUUAUAUUUUGAAUUAACCGAUUAUAAAUAUAUCAAAUUUAAUGAAUUGACUAAUAUAAUGCAUGAUAUGGGUAGAGGUUUAGUUAAAAUUGGCUUAAAUCCACAUUCCGAAGAUAAAUUACAUAUUUAUGCUUCAACUUCACAUAAAUGGAUGAAAACCUUUUGUGGUGCUCAAUCGCAAUCAAUUCCAAUUGUAACUGCAUAUGAUACUCUGGGCGAAAGUGGUUUAACUCAUUCUUUAAUUCAAAGUGAAUCAAAAGCCAUCUUUACUGAUAAUAGUUUACUAGCAACGUUAAUCAAUCCGUUGAAAACUGCAAAUUCAAUCAAAUACAUUAUUCACACAGAGAAAAUUGAUUCAAAUGAUAAGAGACAAAAUGGUAAAAUUUAUCAAGAUCCUUUUAAUGCUGUUGAAAAAAUUAAAGAAAUUAGACCUGAUAUUCAAUUUUUCCACUAUGAUCAAAUAAUUAAACUAGGCAAAGAUUCAAAAGGUGAAAUUGAACCACAUCCACCAAAACCAGAAGAUUUAUCCUGUAUUAUGUAUACAAGUGGUUCCACAGGUGAUCCAAAAGGUGUUCCAAUUACGCAUGCAAAUUUAGUAGCAGGUAUAGCCGGUGUCUCUGAAACUGUUUACGGUGAUAUUGGUUCAAGAGAUAGAAUUAUUGCAUUUUUACCAUUGGCUCAUAUCUUCGAACUAUUAUUCGAACUAAUUGUCUUCUACUGGGGUGGUGUGUUAGGUUAUGCUAAUGUUAAAACUUUAACUCCUACUUCAAUACGUAAUUGUGAAUCAGAUUUAGCAUUAUUUAAACCAAGUGUUAUGGUUGGUGUUGCUGCAGUCUUCGAAAUGAUUAAAAAAGGUAUUAUUACAAAAUUAAAUGAAAUGCCAAAACUUACUCAAAAAGUAUUUUGGUCUGCUUAUAAUACAAAAUCUUUUAUGAAUAAUUAUCACAUUCCCGGUGGCAAUACUGUAGGUAAUUUAAUUUUCAAAAAAGUUAGAUCUGCAACAGGUGGUAAUUUAAGAUUAAUCAUGAAUGGUGGUUCUCCAAUUAGUAUUGAUACUCAAAAAUUCAUAUCAAACGUUUUGUGUACUAUGUUGGUUGGUUAUGGUUUAACAGAAACUUGCGCUAAUGGCUGUGUAACAAGAAUAAAUAGUUUCGAAUUCGGUAUUGCUGGCAGUUUAGUAGGUUCCGUUACUGCAAAACUGCGUGAUGUUGAUGAAUUAGGCUAUUUAGCUAAAAAUAAUCAAGGUGAAAUAUUAUUAAAAGGUGCAUCAGUUAUUAAAGAGUAUUAUAAAAAUCCACAAGAAACCGCUGAAGCAUUCACCGAUGAUGGUUGGUUCUGCACCGGUGACAUUGGUGAAUGGACUUCAAAUGGUCAAAUUAAAAUCAUUGACAGAAAGAAGAAUUUAGUUAAAACUGCAAAUGGUGAGUAUAUUGCUCUAGAAAAAUUAGAAUCUAUUUACAGAUCAUGUCAAUAUGUCACAAACAUCUGUGUGUAUGCUGACCAACAUAAAGUCAAACCAGUAGGUAUCGUGGUUCCUAAUUUAGCACCAUUGAAAUCUGAAGCAGUUAAGCAAGGUAUCUUGAAGGCUGAUGAGGAUAUUGAAGAUUAUUUAGAAGACAAAAAAGUCAAUGAUAUGGUCUUUAAGACCAUACUACAAACAGGUAGAGCUCAAGGUUUGGCUGGUAUUGAAUUAUUACAAGGUGUUGUAUUAUUCAAAGGUGAAUGGACUCCACAAAAUGGUUACGUCACCUCAGCUCAAAAAUUAAAGAGAAAAGCAAUUUUGGAUAAUGUUAAAUCUCAAGUUGAUAAAAUCUAUGCAUAA